GUGGGCAGGAACAGCCAUUUGGAUCACUGCCUGCAGCCUAGCGGUUGAGCUGCUCUGGCGAUCAUCUGUUCUGAGGUACUUUGGGACUGUGGGACUGUGUUCUUUGCUCCCGCCCUGCCCCCUGUGAGCGGGUGGGGAAUCGCUGAGUCUGUGGUUGUACAGCUCAAGCGCCCGCCAUGGCCGAAGCGCCCUCUCGAGUGCGGCAGAACUAUGACUGGCAGUGUGAGGAUGCUAUCAACACCCACAUCCAGCUGCGCCUCUAUGCCUCCUACGUGUACAUGUCGAUGGCAGUCUACUUUGACCGUGAUGACGUGGCCCAGGAGAACUUCAAGCGUUUCUUCUUGACCAAGUCACACAACUGCCAGACCAGUGCAGAGAUGUUCAUGCACCUGCAGAAUAAGCGUGGAGGCUGCAUCUCCCUUCAGGACAUCGCGAGACCAGAACGUGACAGCUGGCACGGGGGAUUUCAAGCCAUGGAAUGUGCCUUCCACAUGGAGAUGCUGAUCAACCAGAGCCUGCUCAACAUGCACGAAGUGGCCAAGGAGAAAGGCGACCCCCACCUCUGCCAUUUCCUGGAGCAAAACUGCCUAGACAUUUUGAAGGAGAUGAGCGGCUACCUGACCAACCUGCGCCAGAUGGGAGCCGUAGAGCACAACUUGGCUGAGUACCUCUUUGACAAGCUCAGCUUGUCCUAAAGCUUCAAGUGGACUGAACUGGGAUGUCUCCACUGUCGUGGGGUCUUUCUCUGGUCAUUACACCUGAUGUUCAUGUUGGUUUUGAAGCAAAGUCCACUCAUUUUCGGUUUCUGAUGGACUGUUGCUUUAAAUAAAUUUUGUGUGUUUGUUUGCAGCAAAAUUGAA